CUGAUCUUUGACUGGAAUCACGAUUUAUUGCAGGCUCAAGAGACUGCUAAUGAAACAGGAUCCGUGAUACUAGCAGAAUCCUCAUUAAGUACGCCGCAAUCAUCCUUGACUUUGGAACAGCCAACAAAAUCGGUCAGAAACAUGCAAGAAGAGUUUGACCAACCAAGAACAGCUGAGUGCUUUGUGUUAACAGCAAUCCAAACUGAAUUGAAAACCAAAACUCUUGAAUCUACGCCUCAGGCAGCUCCCUCCCCAUGGAGAACGUUUCUUCCUCACAGCGGUAGUGAAAGAAGUGAACAGAAUCAAGACAUCAGUGUGGCUGAAAUCAAAACUAUUUCCUCUGAAGAACGGAAUGAAAUUGUAAUGGAAACGAACGAGGGAUCUGUUCAACAGAGACAUGAAGGAGCAAGGAUCCGGACGUUACAAUCACUUGACGCCCUUGGACAGAACAGAGUAGUAACCGAUACAAUCCAAACAAGGGACUCUUCGGAGGAUUAUCUUCAACCGGUGGACAACAAUAAAGUCGCUAAUAAAAGCACAGAUAAUUCUAGAUUAUGUCCUGAAAAAACCCAAACUUUAAAUUGCCGCCCUCAACCUAAACCAAGAAUGAAAACAACUGAUAAAUCAUUACCAUUCAAACACCCCACGUUCACUGGAACGCUCUCGAACUUGCAAUUCACAGAAAUGCUAAAACCAAAUAUGUCACAUGGUAGAGAGGCAGCUCAACAGUGCGCACGCGUCAACCCUCCUAACCAAUCAAAUCACCUCUUUCCUGGAGCGAGAACUCGUCACGCAAAGCGGCAUGGUUAUCAGAAUGAUAAAUUAUCAGCAACUCCUUACCAGAACUCAUUGCGGCCUGCUGGCAGUGUGGAGUCUCCAUACACGCGCGUGCUCUGUACCACUAACUGGGAAGUACCAAAAGAUCAUUUGUCAUUGUUUGAAGAGAUUGGCGGUGGCUCAUUUGGCCAAGUGUGGAAGGGCGCGGUGCUUGAUGUAGCUGGCGCACAAGGCUGGUCAAUUGUGGCCGUUAAAAUGCUUAAGGAAAAUGCGUCAAACUCAGAUCUCAGGGAUCUCUUGUCUGAGCUGGACUUGCUGAAGAAACUUAAACCUCAUCCAAACGUGAUACAAUUGAAGGGCUGUUUGACCAAGGACGUUAUUCGUUGUAACGGAAAAAGGGAUCUUAGACCGCCUUUUGUAAUCCUGGAGUUUGUUCCUCACGGAGAUCUUCUGGGAUAUUUAAAGAAAAGCAGAGGAGAAACAGACGAUUAUUACAACUUGAGAAGCGCAGAAGUUCCACAGAAAAUACCAAAACAACAACUUUACAAAUUCGCUUCUGAUAUCGCUCGGGGGAUGGAAUUCAUCUCAGCUCACCAGCUCAUUCACCGAGAUCUGGCCGCAAGGAACGUGUUAGUUGGUGAAGGCCUGUGCUGUAAAAUCACUGAUUUUGGGAUGGCGAGAGAUCUGGGGAAAAGGGAAAUUUAUGUUAGAAGAUCUAAUGUAAGUACGCAUGCGAAGUGAAUGGCUAUCUCGCAUUCACUUCGCUUUCUCCUUCUCAAUCCUAUGCGAUGUUCAUUACCUCUUUCUAAAACACACAAGAGCCCAAGCUUGGUACGGACAGCGUAAUAUAACUUUUUUAAAUUAAAAACAGGAUCCUUGAAUACUGCAAUUCGAAAGUAUGCGAGUUUUGGGCCGUUGUUAAAUUAUUUUAGUCCAGUUUUCAAUAUUUUGGGGGAGUUUUUAAUAAAAAAGUUAUUCCACUCGCGUCUCAUCUCAUAUCAUGUCCGCUCCCAUCUCAUAUCCAACGCGUCAUUAGGAUUAUGGAACAAUUGUUAAAUACCAUACCAUAGAAAAAACAGCCGAUAUAUAUUCGACAUACGAGCCUUAAGGUGAGUGUGUAUACCAAAAAAUUACAAGUGAUAAGUGGGAUAUUCGAUGGUACACCACAAAUAAGUGUUGCAUAACUAUUUUAUAACAGGCCAUGAAAAAUACAGUGGACAACAUAAUCAAUGCGACAUAAGCGCAGCGCACGACGGGAAGGUUGAGUAUAAUACUGUUGAAUAUACAACGACUUUCUCGUAUUCUGAUCGGCUGUAUUUUCUAUAGCAUGGUAUUAAAUGGACUUUCCUACUUUUCACUUGUAUUUUCUUGUUCAAGGCUCGUGUAUACCAAGAAACGUACAAGUGACUCGUGGAAUGUUCCGUGGUAUACCACGAGAAAGCGUUGCAUAACUAAAAUUUUGACUCUGCAUGACGUUUGUUGUAGCAGGACUAACAUGACGCGCCGAUUAUGAGAAAAGGCCGUCUGUAUGCGCGUUGCUACUCCAUAUGGGGUUUUUCGAAAUAUGGGAUAUUCAGAUGAAAAAUUAACGGAAUAUAGGAUUUUACAUAGCCACGCGGAGAAAGGAAAUUUCUCUUCGAGUGUUGACAAAUGUUUCACGAAUGAGCGCAGCGAACGAGUGCAAUAUUUUUCAACACUCGAAGAAAAAUUUUAUAUAUCUCCAAUCGGCCUAUUUAUUAUAUCAACACCAAUGAAAUACUAAACCAUUUAACUUUCGCUACGAAAGGCGUGAUUUAUUACGGUGAAGACUCCUGUUUUCGCGCGAAAGCUCACCUGGUAUUUAAUAUAAUACAGAAUAUUUGGCGAAAAUAUUAAUAGGAUGUGGGGUAUUUAGAACAGAUAUCCCGAGUUAUCGAGUAGGUAUUUUUGAAAUUGGAACUAUUUAUACGGGAUAUUUAGGCUAAAAUAGGCUCCUCCCCCUAGAGGGGCUCUUUUUUGUUGAGCAGCAAAGAAAAUAAUUAAGCAUUUUUUUU